GAAUGUAAUUAUCUAGUUAGGCAUUGUUUUUAAAGAAUACUCAGUGAAGUGCUCAAUAAUUAUACAUGCUGGGUCCCGCACAUCACGGUCGCCUACAUAUGGGUUGGGGCGCUUGUAACUCCUAGGUUCUCAUCUGUGCUACAAACAAAAAUUUGACACAACCAACAAGACCAUUUGGAUUUUAAGAUAUGGAAAUUCAUGAGCUAAUUCAAGGUCAGCACGUUUUAGGUAACCCAUGACAAAACAGCUACGUGAUGACUAAAGCCAUCCUAGAAACAUAUCCAGUUGCUAAGCAACAUCUGGUUCAACACAGGAGACGAGUGAAGUCCUAACUAUCUAAUACGGCCCUUAUACACUGCUAAACAGUAAUACCGUGGAGAUGAACAGGAUAUAUAAAACAAUGGAACCCAGUGUGGUUGAUGAGCAGAUGCUCCAAAAAGCAGUUGAGGAGCAGGGACCUCAAGACCAGGCUGGCCGUAUCGCCAAAGAGGAGGGUAUCCAGUACCACGAAGUGAUUCAACUGCGCCUGGACUACAGAAACAUCUUAAAGAUUGACCAUUUAUGGGAGUUCACUUCAUUAACAAAGCUUCAACUACAUAAUAACCUUAUUGAGAAGAUACAGGGCUUAGAGAAGCUCAUCAACCUUGAAUGGCUUGAUUUGUCUUUCAAUAAUAUUCAGGUUAUUGAGGGAUUGGACACACUUGUGAAACUUCAAGACCUGAGUUUGUACAACAAUUAUAUUUCUGUCAUAGAGAACAUGGAUCCACUGAAAAACUUACAAAUCUUUUCUCUUGGUAACAAUUUGAUCUCCCAGCUCGAUAAUGUAAUAUACCUAAGAAAAUUUAAGAACUUGCGUACGCUCAACCUUGCUGGAAAUCCAGUCUGCAAAGAGGAAAACUACACGAUUUUUGUGGCUGCAUACAUAUCAGACCUGGUUUACCUGGAUUUCAGACCACUGGAUGAACAAACGAGACAAAAGGCCUUUACGCAGUACCAGUAUGCCAUUGAGGAGAUGAGGCACAAUGACCUGCAGGAGCAGAGGGCAACGGAGGCUCAGAAAAACAAUGAAGAAGAGCUCCAACUGCACAAGGAUGCAUUUGUGGAGCACUUGAAUGGGUCACAUCUGUUUGACAGCAUGUACGCAGAUGAUGCUGAGGCAGCUAAAUUGGCAUACCUCCCUGGAGUGGCCACGCUACUAGAAUCAUACCAGACCCAGCUGGUGGCAUUAUGUGUGCAGAUAUUUGAAGUAGGUUUAACACAACACACAUGCAGGCAGAAUGAAAUGGAUGCCUUCUUCACCGGUUUCCAAGACGCAGUGGCUGACAAUCAGCAGCGAGGCGCUGAGAUAGCAGCUGACUUUGAGAGGUCCAGGAGACAGGUGAUGGCAGGGAUGCAGCAGGCAGCGAACAACAGAUUGGAGGCCCGAAUCAGUAAUUAUAGAGAUGAAAUCACCCAGCUCUGUCACACUCUCAUGACACUGGAGCUGCAGCUGGUGGGCCAGCUAGAGGACAUCACUAAAGACUUUGAGAGGAACAUUUCGGACAUGGUUGGAGGGUUCAUUGAAUAUGUCCAAGGAUUAUUUGUUCAGUGCCGUGAUCUGGAGAACCACCACCAUGAGAAAUUGCUGGAGAUUGCUGUGGCAACACUAGAAAAGGUGGCUAAGAAUGAGCUGGAGGAGGAUUUGCCUGAUGACGUUCGCUUGCUCUUUGUGGAUAAGGACACUGCGGUCAGUGCUGUCAGCGCCUCCCAUGACACACACCUGCUGAAGAUUGACAACAGGGAGGACGAGCUCAUGACACGGAUAAACAGCUGGAUGACUGCACUAAUAAAGUCGAUACAUGAUGAAGAGAUCAAGCGGAAUCGCAAACGCAUCUCGGAGAUUCAUAACUACGUCGAUUAUGUAAGGGAGCAGCUUGAGGAGUUGCAUUUGCAAGAGCACCAGUAAGAGAGUAGAACAGGACUGCUCAGACAUCACAUCCAUGUGAUGCACAUUCCAAGUUCACAGUAAAUAGGAAAUUUGAACUAUCUUUAGAAGUGUACGUUUUUCUGGCAUUAAA